GCUCUAUGCAAUACAAUCCAUGCUCUAAUUUGGUCCGUCAGUUCUCCGUAAGUGUCAAGUUCUUAAGACAUGAACAAUUUAUUAUUUACCAAAAUUCUACCAUAUCCUCUGAUUUUAUCCACCCAUUUUAAAACCACAUUCAAUUCCACAUAACCGGUUCACUCACACUUUUGUCCAUUUUCUAUUUCCCGAUAAUUAAAUCAACUAUGAAACUACAUACACUGGUGACAUUUGAUCAAAUCAUUCUGUCUGCAAUUGUUCUGAUUGAAUUUUGCAAAUUUGCUGCUGGCGUCCCGCCUUCGGGCAUUAUUCAGAUUUCUACAUCAUACUCGGCUUCCUCGGCCAAAGACUACAAUGUCACUUAUUGCAACCCAACCAUCCCGAACACUUCAAAUGGGCGAGUUCACUCAAUCGUGGCGAACGGGAAUUGUUUCAACAUUUACCAUCAAGAAAAUUGCACUGGACCGUACAUACGAUAUGUCGCAGGUCGUAUGGAGCGUUUAUACGGACCGUCUCGUCACAAAUGGGAAGAUGGGAAUCUAAUCAAAGAAGACUUGUUAGUUAGGUCGAUAGGACCAUGUUUCGAUAAAUGCGACCCAAGAAAUUGGGAAGGUGCCACAGAUCCUUCCGUUCUCAUAACGUUAUAUGAUGACGAGAAUUUCGAAGGUAAUGCAACCACUCUAAUCGUUCAAGGUGACGAAUGUAUCCUCGUCCCUCCACCCCGCAAGCUUUGGGAAUCCAUACAAAUUUCUGGAAAGGAGUCCAAUUCUUGUGUAGAACUACACAGCGAUUCAUCCUGUGGAUGGGAAUUUACCCAAUUUCGACCCGGUUAUCCACACCUACAUGACUUGUGGUAUUGGGGAGUAGGGGAAGAUCACUACGCGCUGAACACGGUAGCAGUUUCAAUGUGUGGAAGAUUUUGUAAUAAAACAAUUCCACAAGUGAAACCAGCCCCGGAACAAACUCCGGGGGACAAUGUGGUCACCGUGUAUGAUUUCUUUGGAUAUUACGGAAAUUCUGCCAAUAUAAACUUGACCAACGGUUGCGUCACUCUGAAUGAAACUCAAUUGCUCGUAUCCAUCCGGACUUACGACCAAUGUGUAAUUUUGUAUGCACAACGCGAUUGUCAAAAUAAGGCAGGGUCAUACACACUUCAAACGAGCGGAAUGCCAAAGGACUAUUACACAGAAAGACUUCUGACCUUAACUACCCCCGUGAGACCAAAAUCACUGCAACUUUGUUCUACAAAUCAUUCUAUUGUGAAAGAAACUAGUACAUCGAAUUCGAAUGGAGAAACCAAAAUGAACUAUUCACCCGUCGAUCAGAUUGACACGCCACGGUCUUUUGCUGCAUGGACCAUCGUUUUCCUCGUAUUUGGUGGUCUGAUACUAUUCGUUUUCGGGGCAGUGAUCGGGGCAUAUUUCUCAAAGUAUGAAAGAGUUUGUUAUGGGGUCAAUGCAGAACGGUUCAAUGUCGUUUAUAAAUUGCAAACUUAAAAAGUGUGUACGAGUCGUCAUAUAUUAUCCGGGGUAAAUGUUAACAGUGCUUCUUUCUACUUAAGUGGCUCACAGAUUUGCACUACAAUGACAAUUAAGAAUGUACAUAAUCUAUUAGUAAUUGCGUGUUAGCAGGUAAUUUAUUAUACUAUCCAGCCUUUGUUAAGAAAUAUCGCUCUGUUUGUAAUAAUUGUAAUAAAUUAUGUAUCACCA